UGAUGGGUUUGUUCCUUUCAGCCGCAGUACCUGUGUGAGGCCAUGCUGAUCCAGGGCAAGCUGCACUACGUGGAGGGCUCAUACCGAGAUGCCAUCAGCAUGUAUGCACGGGCCGGGAUUGAUGACCUGUCCAUGGAGAACAAGCCGCUGUACCAGAUGCGGCUGCUGGCAGAGGCCUUUGUCAUCAAAGGCCUCUCCCUGGAACGCCUGCCCAACUCCAUCGCUUCCCGCCACCGCCUGACCGAGAGGGAGGAGGAAGUGAUCACCUGCUUCGAAAGGGCCUCCUGGAUCGCUCAGGUGUUCCUGCAGGAGUUGGAGAAGAUCACAAAUAACACCACAUCACGGCAUCUGAAAGGCUCUCACCCAGUCGACUAUGAGCUCACCUACUUCCUGGAAGCAGCCCUCCAGAGCGCGUAUGUGACAAACCUGAAGAAGGGAUCAAACCAAAGGAGAAAACGAAAGGAAACAAAACAACAUUUGUUGAGGACCUACCGUAUGCAAAGCACUUUGCUAAGCUCUGAAUAAAUCCAAAGGGUGGCUGACUCAACAGGCGGUGAGCUUCUUACCUGCAGGGCCACGAAUGAGAUACUCAUCUCCUCAUUCUGUCUCUCUGUUUGUUGAAUGUCUCUGGUCAACAGGGCUGAUGACUAACCAGACACUGGGUGUGUAGUAGGUACUGUGGAAAGACUAGUCACUCAGCUGAAUUUCAGGAGUCCUAGCGUUCACGUAGCCGGGAAAGGAAAGUGUAACCCUGCUGGGUCAAAAGACAAGCAUUGUCUUUCUCAGGAAACUUUUUAGUUUAAAGGGAAUGAAGUCUGAAACCUUGGUUUCCGCCCACCUCCCCCCUCGGGUAAGCGAUGGCCUGGAAAGGCAGCUGUCUACUGGGGUUUCAUUUUCCCAUUGGAAAAUGCGAGUUUAUGUAUUCCACAGUGAUUUCUUGAGUGCCUUCUAUGUGGGCCAAGCAUUGUGCUGGUAGCUGGGAGAACAAAGCCUCCCUUACCAGCCUCAUCCAAAGCUGUGAAGACUGAGUGAGACGGAGCACUUUGGAAAAUCUGCCUGCAGCUGAUCAGGGGGUUGUGGGGGGCUCGCCAUCCCCUCGCGCCUCGCACCUGGAGGUCUCCCUGGAUGACCAAUCCCUGCCUUCUCAUCUCUGUCUUUCUGUUCCUGGCCAGCCAGGCUUGACUUGAGUUGGGAUCAAUGGCUUCCUGGCUUCUCCACACGCAGCCUGAUUGUGGGCCAGGGUUGGUCUGAGGCCCUGUUUGAAUAUUGUUAAAAGUGGCAGCUCUGCUCUGAAAGGUCAGCGUGAGAGACGGAGAACAAAGAGAUCUUUCAAGCCACCCAUUCACGGGGCUGGGCAGAGCCCCAGCUCUCCCUGGCACGGGGAGCUUUCGCUCAGGCUGGUGGGAGAAACCCCAUCUCAUUUCCCAUUUCCCAGAUGCAUAAGCUGAGGCAGAGGGGCGUUCCCGACAUCUCAGAACAGGUCAGGGCCAGCUGGGAGCCCAAAUCUCUCCCCGUACAGCCCUGGCCACUGGAGUCUCUGUUGGUUUUUCUCUUUAUGGGCAUUCCAUAAAAAUUGGGAUUUACCCAAAAGAUGCCUGAGGGUGAUUACUUGCUUUGCAAAAGGAUUCCUGGGAGCUGAUUUAGAUGCCAGAAUCCCUUACAGAUUUGAAAAUAGUAAAAUUACACAACUUUGGGGACAUGGGAUCUUGUGAAAAUGCAGUUUUGAAUCCUUCAUUGUGUGUGUGUAUCGGGGAAGGCCGCAUCCCUGAGAGUGUGCAUUUCUUUGCAACCCCUAGUGCCACGGUCUGGGCGCCCUCUCCUAGUGUUGAGAAUGUGGAAACUAAAGGCAGAGAGAAGACAGUCCUUGAGCUGGAGUGGAAAGAAGAGGCCAUAGUCCCUCUUGGCUCUGGGCUCCUGGUAGCAGCCUGGGCUGGGCUGCCAGGGAGGAAGCUGGCAGGGAGCCCACAGAGUGGAAAAUCACCCACAGGUCCCAGGAGCCACGGGUGGUCUCUGGGCCCUAGGGCUCUGGGGCAGUCCCAGGGCCUAGCCCCUGGGCCCAGCCUUGCCCCAGCCUGUGGCCACUGGCCCAGCUGCCAGGGCAUUGCUCUCCUGCAGACUUCCCAGAGCCAGACAUUUCUGCUCUUUUCUGGAAGCCCAUGCAGUCUCUUUUUGCUCUCUCCUGGUGGCAGCUGGUGCUGGGCUCUCCCCUCAGCUGGCCUGACCUCGGGCUGGCUGUCCAACUCUGGGUUCUUUUCUAAGGCAGAGGCGUCGGUGGGACUGAAGGGCCUCUGCUGCAGACUCCUCCUGCUUGGGCUCCUGGGGCCUCCCAGUCCAUCCCUGCGUGUGGUGUGUCUCCCAGGAAAAUCCUGUGUGUAUGGCCCCUGUGGGGACAGGGCUGGUGGGAGGAUAAAGGUGGACACAAAGCUGGGAGAUCCCCUCAGGUACUUCUGUUCUGUGCCCCCUACUCAUUCACUUCUGGACUUCCACGCAAAGUCAUGUGGCAAAUUAAAACAUAAUUGAAUAAGAUCUUUAGGACCCAAAGUAAAAGGGGAAAGGAAAGUAACUACUAUUUAGUGUACCUCUCCCACAUGCCUGGAUGUAUUUGGGCUUCACACGCGUUCAUCUUCCUGACAGCACUAUGAGCAAAUGAGGAAUCCUUGUCCUAUGGAUGGAGAUGAGGCCUCGGAGUGGGUGGUACACUUUCCCAAGAUUACGGAUUUAGGAUCUGGCUGCAAAGCUGGAGUUUCUGUGUCAGGUUGUCCCUUCUGGAACCUGGCUUCUUAGCAUGGGAGAACUGGAAGACACUUAGGACAGCCAAACUGGUGGUUUUCCAAAACUGAAUGUCCAUGGGAACCUCCUGAAAACUUGAUAAAACACAGAUUACAGGGCACACCCAAGAGUUUCUGAUUCAGUGGGUCUGGAGUGCGGGGGUCUCAGACUUUGUGUCAUUAAUCAUUUCCUGGGAUGCUGGUGCUGCUGGUCCGGGGACCAACUUUGAGAACCUCUGGUCUCAUCUGUUGUUUCUCAAACUGUACCUCUAGUGAUACUCAAGGUGGUUUUAAGUGAUACACAGACUUUUUGUAAGUACUUCUAUAUUUAGUAUCUAUUGGCAAAAAUAAAGAACUAGCACACCAAAUCCAUGA